CGACACCGAAAGCAAACAAAGUCUUCGCCAAGCGCGCACCUCGAUACCGCCUCAUCGCUCACCUUGUCCGACCGAGCUUUCCCGUGCCUUCCGUGUCGCCACGGUGCUGUCACUCCCACCACGGGACUCAGCCGCCCCGAGAAACGCGCCGGAAAGUCGCGAUCCCCAUCAUAGGCGUCGCUAAGCCGGCGCCGAUCCGAUCGAGUUCGUGACGAUGCCUCCACGACAGCGUCUUGUUCGCAAGCGGCCAUUGCUCGAGCGCAUCCGCGGGGCCCUGAACCCUUCCGACUUUCUGCUCUGGGCGUCCGAGGAGAUCAAGACUCGGGAUCUCGAUGAGAAGCCUGUUGGCACUAGGGUCGCGCUGACCUUCAACUUCGUCUUCCUGCUCGCGCGCGCUAAUUCCGGAGCGACCACGACUGGCGAUGAUGUCUUCUCCGAGGCGCGGUUUAGCUGGGUUACGCUUUUUGCCAAGCAGCUUGUCUGGUUGCUCGCUAUUGCCUCCGUCGCCAAUGCUGUCGCCCUCCUUUACCAAAAACGACACUACCGCCUGUUCGAGGCCAAUGUCGAACAGGGCCCCAGUACACCCUCGGCACAGCGAGUGCGCGUUCAGUCCUCGCCCAUGUCAUCGUCUCCGCUGAGGCUUCUGGCCAACGUGCUCGGUUCCGACACGGCCGAAUCUCGCGCACACCCAGACAGGACGCGGGACGUGUGGGAGAUCGCCGUCUGGGACCCGGUCCCCGCUUGCUUGCAGGGUGUCGUCUAUUUCAGCCCUGUGCACGUGCUCAUGUACAUCUUCGAGCUCCCUCUAGACACCCUAGACAGGCGACCAAGCGUCACCUUGUUCAAGUGUCUGGUCCUGCAGGUUUGUUUGUCCUGUAUGCUGCGGACACUUCAGUCGACCAACGAUCAGCGCCAGAAGGACUCUGCUAUCAUCCAGAAGGAGGUGUUCCGCGAGUACGACACCAAAUUCGUUCACCCCCGGCUUCACCCUCUUGUCAGGGAUGUGGGCACUCAGGCAUCGAUGGACGAAAACGGGCACGAGAAUGACGUUAUAGAGUUUGGCACACCGACUACGAUCCUUCGCCGGGGCUUUCAGACGCACCCGAACCCAAACUACUUGAAGCACAUCGACCCGGAUAGUACCAGCCGGCCCGUUCAGACCACAAACCUCAUGACUGCGCGGCUGUUUACCCCCGCCACGAGGAACCGCCAGUCAGAUGCGUUCGCGGGUGGCCAGCAAUCUACACAGCCAAGGCCGCGAAAAAGCAUGCCGGCUGUGGCUCACAGUCCCAUGGUUUCUGCGUCAACGUCGACGUCAACACAUCAUCAGCCGGGCUCGAACGCCCCCAGCCCUGCGCCCGCAGCGGGAUCCAGCAACACCACCACCAAUUUCGGUGGGAGCAUGGGCGUGUACACCCACGCCAACUCGCCACUUAAAAAGGCGACAAGCCUGGGGGAUAUCAACGGUUCAGGCGGAUUUGGCUCACCCCGCAACUCGCGCGAAAUGGCCAGCCUCGAGCAACAGCAAGCCUUGGAACGCCAGCGUGUGGGCAGGGCGGUAAGCCCGCUGAAGCAACAGCUUUCGAGGCCCGAGGGCGCUACGGAGGACUCGAUGAUCAACUCAAAUCCUUUUGCGUUAGGGAUGUCGGGCUCGAACCCAUUUUCCAAUAACCGGCAGAACCGCCACACGAUGGAAAGGUACCCAUCUAGAUGGUAGCGUUUCCCAAAUGAUUCUACCAUAAGGCCGGAAGGGCGAGCCGAGCGGGCCACUGCGUUCUACUCUCCUUGUGUCAAUUUACGCUCCCAAUGGUCUCAUCCCUGAUGGACCAUCUCUCCUUUGAUCACGUCUACUGCAUGUUAGGGCGUUGGGAGGUGAUUUACAUUUGUUGUUUUCCUCCUGCCGGUCACCAAAAUGCCCAAUAUCAAUAUCUACCAUAGGGCGCCGGGCAUCGCCGUGAAAAUGGAGACAUAAUUACCUCACAUCACGAUAGCAAGCCAUCUGGCCCCGUUUAGAACUACCAUCCCUCGCUCGUGUCAUAUUGCCGUGAGGCUAGAGUCCUUGUACAUACCUA